AUGGCACAACCAGGUUCUACUGGCGUGCCAGGCCCUGCCGGGCGUAGGCUCCAUAUCGCCCAUCGACGCAGCCCAUCCGAGCUGACUCCAUUGAUGAUGGAACAACUUGCUCUUCAGCAACAAAUUGAACUGCUUCAACAGCAACAACAACAGAUUGCUGCCACUCAUCAGCAAUAUGUCAACAUGGGCAUGAUCCAGCAGCCCCUACAAAACAUGCCGGGCUAUUCCCCUAUCCAACCCCAACCCAUUCCCCCAAAUAAUGCAAACUAUCAGUUCCCGCAAAUGCAGCAGCAGAUGGGAAUGCCGGGAAAUCCCCCAACACAACCUGCUGCUCAUCGAAGAAAUAAUUCCGCCCUGCCAGGUAUGGCUAUGGGUCCUCCACCUGCACCUUCAGCCGGUACUGCCGGUGCUGCUUAUGGGGACUUCAAUCAACAAGCUGCCUCUUCAAACCGCGAGAACGCAAGCAAUCGUGGCAGAGGUGGUGGAAAUGCAGGCGGUGGACAUGCUAGACGCCAUUCAUUGGCACUUCCCGAAGCCAAAAAGGCUGCAGAAUUGGCUGAGAAGAAGAGAACUGCUGCAGGUUUUCAAUUCCCCAUCCCUGGGGCCACUGGUAUUGCUGAGAGCCCUGUGACUGCGACUCCCGUUGACGACAAAGCACAAACACCAACUUCUUCUCAAGGACUUGGUCUACAGCGUGCGGGUAAUGCUCGAGGUGGUGGUCAUAGUCGCAGCCAAAGCAUGGCUGCUGGCGGCACUCGUGGUGGUGGCACAGGUGGUCGUUCAGCUUUCCAGUUUCCUCCACCAAAUGCCACUGCCGAUGGUGGACAGUCUGGUCAGUCAGACUUGCAACGCCGUGGCAGCCAGAGCAGCCACACAAGACAAGGCUCCCGAAACUUCGAGGGCAACUGGCGUCAGCAAAACAACCAGCAACCUGCUGAUCAACCACAACAACAGAUGGGCCAAUUCAGUCAACCUGCAGGCAUGGCUGGCCCUGGCUUCCAGCCUGGUCAUAGAGCUGGUAGAGGCUCAAUCAAUCAAUCUGUCGGCUCCAUGAGUGGGUUCCAGUAUCCUGGUCAGCCCCAGCUCAUGCAAAUGCAAAAUGGGCAGAUGCUCAUGCCUCAAAUGUUUGCUGGUCAACAACUCAAUGCUCUUCAAAUAGCACAACUUCAAGCCAUGCAAGGAGCUCAGCUUGGGGGUCUUCAGGCCAGCCAACACGCACCACAGCUGGGCAUGCAACAGAAUCAACAGCAGAGAAAGACUCUCUUCACACCUUAUCUUCCUCAAGCAACCUUACCUGCCCUGCUCAAUGACGGUCAACUCGUUGCGGGUAUUCUUCGUGUGAACAAGAAGAAUAGGUCAGACGCGUAUGUCACUACCAGUGAUCUGGACGCCGACAUUUUCAUUUGCGGUAGCAAAGAUCGUAACCGAGCUCUCGAGGGCGAUCUAGUCGCAAUUGAGUUGCUGGACGUUGAUGAGGUCUGGGGCCAAAAGCGUGAAAAGGAGGAAAAGAAGAAGCGCAAGGAUAUAACAGAUACUCGCUCUUCUGGUAAUGCUCAGAACGGCAAGAACGAUACUUCUUCAUCCACAGAGAAUCAGUCCAUCGCUCCAGACGGCAGCAUUCGUAGGCGUGGAAGUCUCCGUCAGCGACCAACACAAAAGAAGAAUGAUGACGUUGAGGUUGAGGGUCAGAGCCUCCUUUUGAUGGAAGAGGAAGAGAUCAGCGACGAACAGAAGCCUCUCUACGCUGGACACGUGGUUGCUGUCAUUGAACGUGUUGCUGGGCAAAUGUUCUCCGGAACCCUCGGUCUCCUUCGACCAAGCAGUCAAGCAACCAAGGAGAAGCAAGAAGCUGAACGACAUGCCCGCGAUGGUAAUAACCACGGACGAAGCGAGUCCCGCCAACAAGACAAACCAAAGAUCGUUUGGUUCAAGCCCACCGACAAGCGUGUUCCACUCAUUGCGAUUCCUACGGAGCAAGCUCCUCGGGACUUUGUCGAGAAACAUAUGGAUUAUGCCAACCGAAUUUUUGUUGCGUGCAUCAAGCGUUGGCCCAUAACUUCUUUGCAUCCCUUCGGAACUCUGGUUGAACAACUUGGCGAAAUGGGCGACUUACGUGUCGAGACCGAUGCCCUUCUUCGUGACAACAAUUUUGGCUCUGAUGAGUUUUCUGAUGCUGUCCACAAGAGCGUUGGUUGGGAUGAUUGGUCCCUUGCAGCUGAGUCCGAGGAAAGUCUGGCCAACCGUCGCGACCUUCGCGACGAGCGCACUUUCACUAUCGAUCCCAAUGGGACCAACGAGCUUGAUGAUGCUCUUCAUAUCAAGAACCUCGGUGAUGGUAUGGUCGAGCUUGGUAUUCAUGUGACUGAUAUUGCACACUUUGUCAAGGGAAACUCUCUCGUCGACAGAGAAGCCAAGAAACGGGGAACCGGUGUAUACCUCAUGACACGUGCAGUCAACAUGCUCCCAGCCAAACUUUCUUCCGGAGUUUGUUCCCUCGUUCCCGGAGAGGGACGCUUGACCGUCAGCGUCAUCCUGAAGGUUGACAUCAAGACUGGAAAGGUGGAAGGUCAACCCUGGAUCGGGCAAACCAUUAUCCAAAGCUCGGGUAAACUGGCCUAUGAUGAGGUUGAUGCUGUCAUUAAAGGUGAUGGUAAAGUCGAUCUGCACGGUGCCACUGUCGACGACAUCAAGACUCUUUAUACCAUCGCGAACAAAUUCAGGGAGGCUCGCUUCGGCCAUCGUUCCGCAAAUAUUCAACCUCUUCGCUUGCUGUAUCAGCUGGAUGACGAGAAUGUUCCUGUCGAGCAUAACAUCUUCAAUACUUCUGCUGCCCAUGAAAUCAUUGAAGAAAUCAGCUGCAAGGCGAACUUUUUGGUUGCCCAGAAGAUUUUUGCUGCCAUGCCAGAUAAGGCUUUCCUCAGACGCCAGGCGUCUCCCAACCCCAGACGACUUCUUACACUCGCUGAACGAAUGACCAAGGCUGGCUUCGAUAUUGAUACCAAUAGCAGUGGAACUUUGCAGGACAGUCUUUUCAAGGUUGAAGAUCCAGACUUCCGCAAAGGUAUGGAGACUUUGUUGGUUAAGACUUUGCAACGCGCCAAGUACUACCUCGGCAACCAGAUUCCUGAAGAUCAACGUCAGCACUAUACCCUCAAUCUGCCAAUCUAUUGCCAUUUCACGAACCCGACCCGUCGCUACGCGGAUAUUGUUGUCCAUCGACAAUUGGAAGCCGCUCUUUCCGAUGGGGCUAUCGAGUUUAAUGAAGAUCUUGAGAGUCUGGCCAAGACAUCCGAACAGUGCAACAACAAGAAGGACUCUGCCCAUGCAGCUCAGGAACAGAGUGUUCACAUCGAGUCAUGCCGCCUCAUGGACAAGAAGAGCAAGGAAUUUGGUGGCGAUUUGAUCAGUGAAGGUAUCAUCAUCUGUGUCUACGAAUCUGCAUUCGAUGUAUUGAUUCCCGAAUAUGGUUUUGAGAAGCGUGUUCAUUGUGAUCAGCUACCACUCAAGAAGGCUGAAUUCCGCAAAGAUGAAAGAGUUCUUGAACUCUACUGGGAGAAGGGCGUCCCAUCAUCAGCAUAUGUACCAGAGGACGAACGACCUCGUGCUUCGGCAAGCACCAGAGGCAAUCAUACUACACGUGAUUCCGAGACUGCCAAGGAACGUGCCAAAGAGCGAUAUGAAGCCCAGAGGAAGAAUGUUGAUAGCAACACCAUUUCGACCGAUGAUGUGGACGCUCUUUACGACGAUGACAGUGCCUCUGAAAUCACCGAGAUGGCGGCAGGCGUUUCGCUCAAUUCUCCAGUGGAUCGCUCCACUCAAAGCAUGCCACCAUCACCAACUCGCAACGGAUUGUCAUCCAAUGGACCCACCCGAACCCAAUCCGACUCUCGUAUUGCGAAGUCGGGGAAUGACAUUCCAGAAAACCAAUUGACAGACAAGGAGAAGUAUCUCAGCUACUUCAAGCUGAGGGAGGAAGGUGGAGAGUACAUUCAAGAUGUCACCGAGAUGACUCGUGUUCCGGUCAUCCUCAAGACAGAUUUAACCAAGAGUCCUCCAUGCCUCACCAUCCGAUCCAUGAAUCCAUAUGCGUUGUAA